AUGCCAUGCUUCAAGGGUCUGGCCGUGAGUAUACACACUCCGGACGGCCCCAUUUCGGAGUACUCCAUUCAACGCCAGUCUCGGGCAUCACGUAUCGCUUGCUACAUCCCGGUACCGCCGCCCAAAUUACCAGACUCCGCCAGCGGGAAACCUGAACAGUCGACCUUUGCCAUUUCCAUCACGCUCCUGAAUCCCGGCCAGGAUGUCCCGUACUCGACGCCGAAACCGACGCCGGACAACCCCUCACCGAAGCCUAAGGUCGUGGGGGGCCUCCCCGGGCAGACAAGCGAACGCGGGCAGUACACCAGUGCCGUUGCGCCAUACCAACCCUUGACCAACUCGCCGAAUGAAACGGUCGCAGCUUAUAUUUACUUUGAUGGCCGGCAGAAAGAAGAGGUCGCUACAUUGCUCCGGAGAGGGGAGGAGACUUGGGUCAACUCGCGAUGGGUGAGCGUGCCCGAGUCCGAAGGAGGUGGGCUUGCCGAGCGAGAGUUUUUGUUUCGUGAAGUCGGAUUGGAGAGAUGGUUGAACGGGCUGGAUCUGGAAGGCAAGGAUGUCGCUGCUCGGAUUGAGCGAAGACGGCAGAAGAUGGAGAGACGCCGGCUGAACCGCGAGUCCACCGAGGGCACUGGUGACAUGGAGACGGAUUCCAAGUCGGCAAAGGGGGGCAAGGGGAUCAUGCGGUAUGGCAAUGAUGAGAAGUCGCCUCUGGAGAACGUCUCCGACGAUGAUAUGUCGUGUUCCGAUUCCGACGACGAUCCGAUCCCCGAGUCUGCUGGUCAGAUCAAAGUUGCGUUGUUCCGGGUACUGGCCUCCGGCGAAAUCAAACGAGGAGAGUACUCGCCGCAAUUUGAUGCUCAUGACGACGAUGAGGAUAAUCAGAGCGGGCAGGGCAACGGCGCGGACAUUGAUCACACGACAAGCUUUGCAAAGCCCAAGACGUUGGAUCCCAAGACCAUCAGCACGCAAACGGUUACAGGCAUUGAUCCUUCUGACAAGCCGUAUGCGAUUUUUACUUUCAUGUACCGAGGAGAGAGACAACUACAGAAAAUGGGAAUUCUGAAAGAUCCCAAGUCUCAAGAGACUCCUGCUUCCGCGAAGCGACGAUCGUUGCAAACCGACUUCUCCAGUCUCGGCCCGCUCAAACCGGGCGGUACAGUUGGAUUCCUCAAUUUCCGGGACAAAUCCGAGAACAAGGACAAGAAGAAGAAGAACAAAAGCGUGGAAGACGACGACAUGGAAAGCGAAGAUGAUGACGAUGAUUCCAUCCUCGGCAAAGCAGACGAUGAGGAAGCCAAAGAAGACAACCAUGAUUUAACCGCGGAAGAUAUAAAGCGUCAAGGAGAACUUGCGGAGGGUGUCCGUAAGAUCAAACUUAAACGUCAACACUCUUCUGCAAGCUUGGCCGGCGCUAGUAGCAAGGCCGACGCUGGGAGCCCCCUGAACUCGGGAGAGACGCCAGCCGCUUCGAGCAUAUCGACGACGCCUCCUAAUGCACCCGCAAGCAGCAAUGCAGGCUCGGAAGCCGCAAAGGCUGCUGUGAAUACACUCAAUGGAGCAUUUGUGGGUAGUCCCCUGAAGAAGCAACGAGCCAGUGUAUCAGAAGCGGAUGAAAGCUCUCUGCGUCGCCGGAUGGAGUCUGGGCUUUCCCAGGAGAUCAGCGGAGCUCUGGGAAGCGCUGGAGAGCAAACGCAGACUGGUACGCCUGCGAAUACAUUUGGGGGAAGCCUGAAGCCACAGGGACCUGCGCUUCAACAGCCAGCACUCCAGCAACCAGAUGAUGAUGAAGAGUUGUAG